GUCUAUUUCAUUACAGUAACAUCGUUAGGCAGGCCUGAAAUAAAUAAUAAAAAAAUGUUACUGAAUGAACCACCCAUCUCUUGUGUGUAGUGGCGUUCAGCUCGUCUUUUUAUACCCUGGAACAGCACUCUUAUCUCGUGAUUCAUGAUGCUGCGCAAGUGAUGUUAUUUUUGAAAUAUAUUCGCGCAAGUAUGAGUAGGCCUGCUUUAUCUAAUGUAAAUUCUCAAAACAGGUAAUGUGAAGUGACUACUACAGAUUGUAUUUGUGUUUUGUUUUACGACUCACAGCUCUCUGCCCUCAGCACAGCGAACAAUGAAUACUACAGGAAAAACAGCACUGUAAGCAGCCCUAAGGCAACAGAAGACCAGGUCUGGCCACCCAGGCCCAGGGAGGGUGCAGGGUUCUGGGUGUAGGGUGCCCUGGCCACUGGGCCUAUGGAGCAGAUCCACUGGGUGAGACGCCGCUGGCAGCAGCUGGUUGCCGCAGAUUCAGGUCGAGGCCAGUACUCGGCCCCUGCCGCCCUACCCACCAAGAGUUCCCCAGUGCUCCACAACACACAGCUGCUCACUGGCAAACGGAGGACGGUCAUCGCCCGGCACGGACGCCACAAGCAAGAGUACCACAGCAUCUCCAAGGGGUGCCAGGGCAACAGCAUCCGUACCACCAAGUACAGCCUUCUGAGCUUCAUUCCCAUGAACCUGUUCCAGCAAUUCCACAGGGUGGCCAACCUGUACUUCCUGUUCCUGGUGAUGCUGAACUGGAUCCCAGUGGUGGAGGCCUUUCAGAAGGAGAUCACCAUGAUUCCCCUGGUAGUGGUGCUCAUCGUCAUCGCCAUCAAGGAUGCCCUGGAGGACUACCGCCGCUACCGCUUUGACCAGAAGGUCAACAACAACAUCGUUACAGUGUACAGCGGGAAACGGCAGAUGUAUGUGGACCAGCGUUGGCAGGACGUCCAUGUGGGGGACUUUGUCCGUCUGUCCUGUAAUGAGAUCAUCCCUGCAGACAUGCUGCUGCUAUACUCCUCUGACCCCCACGGCGUCUGCUACAUCGAGACGGCCAACCUGGACGGGGAGACCAACCUCAAACAGAGACAAGUGGUCAGAGAUCUGCCACGACAGGGUUCUGAGUUGACUCCAGAGAACUUCCACAGCCGCAUUGAAUGUGAGAACCCCAACAACGACCUCAGCCGGUUCCGAGGUUUCAUGGAGUACCCCAGUAAGGCUCGUGUGGGCUUACACAACAACAACCUCCUUCUGCGAAGCUGCACCAUCCGCAACACGGAGACCGUCAUAGGCAUUGUGGUCUAUGCAGGUCACGAGACCAAAGCCAUGAAGAACAACAAUGGACCGAGGUAUAAACGCAGUAAAUUGGAGCGCAGGCUGAACGUGGACGUCCUGUGGAGCGUUGUCCUGCUGGUCAUCAUGUGUCUGACUGCAGCUAUAGGCCAUGGUCUCUGGCUCAGGAACCUGAAGGACACUUCCUUUCUGAUCCCUGAUACCACGUCUCCUGCCCUGUCUGGCUUCUACCUGUUCUGGACCAUGAUCAUAGUUUUACAGGUGCUCAUCCCCAUCUCCCUGUAUGUGUCCAUCGAGAUCGUCAAACUGUGUCAAAUCUUCUUCAUCCAGAACGACGUGGACUUCUAUAAUGAGUAUAUGGACUCCAGGAUCCAGUGUCGGGCCCUGAACAUCACAGAGGACCUGGGUCAGAUUCAGUAUGUGUUUUCAGACAAAACUGGCACACUGACAGAGAACAAGAUGGUGUUCAGGCGCUGCACCAUUGCUGGGGUGGAGUACCCGCACGAGGAAAAUGCGAGGAGGCUUGAAGUGUAUAAGGAGGAUGAGGCGAUGGGUUGCUCCCAUACGCUCAAGUCACGUGCCAGCGCCAAGUCCCUGAGCUGCAAGUCACUCAGCUGCAACCGCAGCUCUGUGUCCCUGCACACACUGACAGGCCACUCUGAGGGGGAGGAGUCACCCAGCCCCACCCUGCCCCAACACAGCGCCUUCAGUAGCCCCAUGGAGAAGGAUAUAGUCCCAGACCCUUUCCUGGUUCAGAAGCUGAACUGUCUGUCCUCUCCACUCUUCCUUCUGAGGGACGCCAGUAUGGAGCUCACCUACAUCGUUGACUUCUUCAUGGCUCUGGCCAUCUGCAACACGGUAGUUGUGUCUUCUCCCAACCAGCCCCGCCAUGUGGUCGAGGUGCCUGAGGUCUCCCGUACCCCCCUUAAAUCCCUGGAGGACAUCAAGAUGCUGUUCCAGCGUUUUGGCCUCCCCCGCUUCUCCACACUCUCUCCUCCCCACACUACAGAGAGCCCUCGCAGCUUCACACGCAGGCUCUUUUCCAGGGGCAAAGCAGCCUCCUUCACCCCCAGCCCCUCCCCUACCCCCACCAAGCUGGGUACAGAGCCAGACGGGGAGCCUAACCUUGAGGCCUCCAUCCUAAGUAUCAAACCAGGGCUGGAUGGGGUCCCUGGAGAGGAUGGGGACCAAGGGUAUGAGGAGGAGGGAGAGCAUGGCUCUUGGAAAGGUGAAGAGGACAAGAUGUUACACCUCAACCCGGGGGCCUGGAGCGUGCUGGAGAACUCAAACGGAGGCGAAGGCCCUCCCAGUGAACCUGGGGCAGAUGAACUGAUCUAUGAGGCGGAGAGCCCUGACGAGGCGGCUCUGGUCCACGCGGCCAGGGCCUACCGCUGCACCCUGCAGGGACGCUCACUCGAGCGCCUUCUGGUGGAGCUGCCAGGGAUGGGCAGCCUGGCUGUGCGCCUGCUCCAUAUCCUGCCCUUCGACUCCACUCGCAAGAGGAUGUCUGUGGUUGUCCGCCACCCGCUCACCAACCAGGUGGUGGUCUACACCAAGGGAGCCGACUCGGUCAUCAUGGACCUGGCAGAGUCACCUAAAGGUGCUGAGCAGUCAGACGGGAGACAGGGUCACAUCAGAGAACAAACCCAGAAACACCUAGACAACUACGCCAGGGAAGGCCUUCGCACCCUCUGCAUCGCUAAGAAGGUGUUGGAGGAGGAGGAGUAUGACAUUUGGUUGAAGCGUCAUGCAUUUGCAGAGACCAGUAUAGAGAACAGAGAGGAGCUUCUACUGGAGUCUGCACAGAGACUGGAAACCAACCUCACGCUACUGGGGGCAACAGGGAUUGUGGAUAGACUGCAGGAAGAAGUGCCAGAGACCAUUGAGGCACUACAGAGAGCAGGGGUCAAAGUAUGGGUCCUCACAGGGGACAAACAAGAGACUGCCAUAAAUAUCGCCUGUGCCUGCAAACUGCUCAGGACCACAGACCAACUGCUGACUGCUAACUGUGAUAGCAAGGAGGCCUGCAAGGCCUUGUUGCUGGAGCUGCGGACGGAGGUGGAGCGUGGCGAGGCAGCUGAGGGCACGUCAGGCUUCACCCUGGUGGUGGACGGGCACACGCUGGACUUCGCCCUGCAGGAGGACCUGAAAGGGGACUUCCUGGAGCUGAGCCGGCGCUGCAGGGCCGUGGUCUGCUGCCGCUCCACUCCACUUCAGAAGAGCCAUGUGGUACAACUGGUACGGGACCAGCUCCGAGUCAUGACCCUCGCCAUAGGUGAUGGAGCCAAUGAUGUCAGUAUGAUCCAGGUGGCAGAUGUUGGCAUUGGGAUAUCUGGCCAGGAGGGCAUGCAGGCUGUGAUGUCCAGUGACUUUGCCAUCUCCAGGUUUAAACACCUCCGCAAGCUGCUGUUGGUCCAUGGCCACUGGUGCUACACACGCCUGGCCAACAUGAUUCUCUACUUCUUCUACAAGAAUGUGAUGUAUGUGAAUCUGCUGUUCUGGUACCAGUUCUUCUGUGGUUUCUCGGGGAGCGUCAUGACCAACUCCUGGGUGCUCAUCUUCUUCAACCUCCUCUUCACCUCCGCCCCUCCCCUUCUCUACGGAAUCCUAGACAAAGACGUGUCUGCAGAUACCCUCAUUAAGUUACCGGAGCUCUACAAAUCCGGACAGAAUUCCAAGGCCUACCUCCCUUCUACCUUCUGGUUGACGAUGCUGGACGCUCUUUACCAAAGCCUUGUCUGUUUCUUCAUUCCUUACUUUGCAUAUGCAGGGUCAGAUGCAGACAUGCUCUCCUUUGGGUCUCCCAUCAACGCCUCGGCCCUCCUCAUCAUCCUACUACACCAGGUCAUCGAGAGCCGCACACUGACAUGGCUACAUGUGUUAGUGCUGGUGGGUAGUGCUCUCUUCUACUUCUCUUUCACCCUGGUCUUCAGUGUGGUGUGUGUGACGUGUAGUCCCCCCACCAAUCCCCUUGGUGUGGACAAGCUACAGAUGUCCCAACCACUCUUCUAUGGAGUAUGUGCCCUCACCACCGUGCUGGCACUGCUACCAAGAUUCCUGUUCCAUGCAUUGCGCAACAGCAUCUCCCCCUCUGACACACUGAAAGCUGCUCUGAUGGACCAGCUCAACCCAGACAACUACUGUAGGAGGAUGCAGCACUGGAACCAGACCCAGGCCCAGAGUAAAGCCAGGGGUCUCAUCAUCAACGUGGAAGACUUGGACAUCAAGAUCCCUGACUUUAUACUCCCUAAAGAGCUGAAGGAAUGCAGAGCUGCCACUGGCUCUGUGCUCUCCUGACCUCAGAGGCUACAGGAGGUGGCUACAAUAAAAAGAAAAGAAUAGUCCCCAUUCAAGUCAUUGAUGGCAUAAUUGGUAGCCAUUUUGAGUGUACUCAAAAAGAAGGAAGUAAAGAAGGAAGAAAGAAGGAAGUAAAAGCUGGAAGUUUACCCAUCAAUUUGUGCUGUGAUUUGUUGAAUUAACUCAACUGACAUUACAAAAAAUACAUUCCAUUGCAUGAGCCACAUCAGUUAGCAUAAUGUACCAGUCAAAUUGCAAGGGUUAGAAGUUCCAAGCCUGUGCUAUUCAUUAUUUACAUGGUGGCUACAGGGUUCAACCCUAACACCCUUCAAAGCUAGCUGGCUUGCUGCCUUGCAUGCAUAGCUCACUGGUGUUGGUUAAGAUCACCAUGCUGUCUAUCCAGGGCAAAGAGAUGGAUGUUUCUCACAUGUGCCUAGAGUUGCAUUAACAUGGAGUCAUGGUCCCUUGAGAAAAGAUUGGUGAUGUGGACACAUUCAUAAAUGUGUGUCUGCUGUGUGGUAGGACUUUGACACAAUCCAGUGUCCCUGGUGAAGAGGCCCCUUCAUAGUGCACCUUACCCGAACACUGCUAGGUGUGGUCCACUCUGGCCCUCUUCAAUGUGUACUGAGCAUGUAGAGAACAGAAGGCUAUUCGUUAUCAUUAUUAGUUAUCAAAGCGCGGAGUGUGUAAUGUUUGGAAUGUUUUCACAAUCCUUGAGCUGCGUACACUUAUUUUUAAAGUUAGCAUCAAGCUAUGACUCCUUUUGUGUUUAGGCACAACUCUUCGAUGUUGGCGUGUCUUAAACACUGCAAAAUAACAAUAAAUGAUGCAUAUGAACCUUG